AUGAGUGCUGUUACAGUAUUUCUUAUUGGGUUUGUUACUAUUGUUGCUACUGGGAUUACCUUUUGUGUGGGAAAUUCCAGGGUGCUUUGCAUUGAGAGUGAGAGACAAGCCCUGUUAAAGUUCAAGCACGAUAUCAUUGAUCGUUCAAACAGGCUAUCUUCUUGGGGUGAUGGUGGGGAUUGCUGUAACUGGGUUGGAGUUUCCUGCAACAACUUCACAGGUCAUGUCUACAAGUUGGACUUGAGGCCUCCUUCAAGUCCAGAUUAUGCAUCAUCAGAUGCUGAAAUUGGAGUUUAUUGGCGCUCAAUGCUAAGGGGAAAAAUAAAUCCUUCUUUGCUCUUAUUGAAGCAACUGAGUCACCUAGACCUUAGUUAUAACAACUUCGGUGGCAUCCAGAUUCCACGAUUCCUUGGUUCAAUGGAGAGUUUAACAUAUCUUGACCUCUCUGGAGCAAAAUUUGGAGGAAACCCUUCCACAUCAACUUGGAAUCUCUCAAAGCUGGAGCAUCUUAACCUUGGAGAUAAUAGUAUUAACGGUUGGUUGAAGCUAGAAAUCUUCAAUGGCUUUCUGGUCUCUCUUCCUUGA